GUGAGCUGCGAGCAAGAGCAAACACAACAUUCGAUCGAUCGAUAAGUUCUGAUGGAAGACACCAAGCCUCGGAACCUGGGCGGCUCGCUGCCCGUUCCCAACGUGCAGGACCUCGCCGCCCGGCCUGAAGAUCUCCCGCCCACCCUCCUCGACCGUUACCUGCGGCCUCAUCCCAGGACGGUGGACCUGCUCCCCGACGCCCCUGCUGACGAACAGGAGCAUGUUCCCGUCGUCGACCUCGGCCGGCUCUUGGGUCAGGAACACGGGGCCGAGGAAGCCGCCAGGCUGCGCUUUGCAUGCGAGAACUGGGGCUUCUUCCAGGUCGUGAACCACGGGAUUCCUGAGGAGACCAUGGAGGAGAUGAAGAGGAACGUUAUGGGAUUCUUCGCGCUUCCGCUGGCGGAGAAGGCAUCUCUGGCGCAGAAGCCUGGAGGGAUCGAGGGGUACGGGCAGGCGUUCGUCGUCUCUGAGGAGCAGAAGCUGGACUGGGCCGACAUGUUCUACCUUCUCACCCAGCCGCCCAGCUACCGCGACCUCCACCUUUGGCCGUCCCAGCCCUCCAAAUUCAAGAAUUGCUUGGAGAGCUACUCUGCGGAGGUGCAGAAGGUGGCCGGCGAGCUGCUCCGGGUCAUGGCGGAGAACCUGGGCGUGCGAGACCACUCGGACAUGACAAGGCUCGCCGCGACGCAGUCCACGAGGAUGAACUACUACCCGCCGUGCCCGGAGGCGCACGUGGACAGAGUGCUGGGCCUGUCACCGCACUCGGACGCCACCGGGCUGACGCUGCUGCUGCAGGUCAGCUCUGUUCCCGGGCUGCAGAUCAGGAGGAACGGCGGCUGGCUCCCCGUCAUGCCGCUCCCCGGAGCCCUCCUCGCCAACGUCGGCGACGUCAUCGAGGUGUUCACCAACGGGAAGUACAAGAGCGUCGAGCACAGAGCGGUAGUCAACGCGCGCGAGCAACGGAUGUCCAUCGCGGCGUUCCAUAGCAGCGAGAACGGCACCAUGUACGGGCCGCUGGAGGACAUCGUCGCAGACCAGGAGGCGCGGUACAGGAGCAUCAGCGACGAGGAGUUUUAUAAGCUCGUCGUCUCCAGCGAGCUUGACGGCAAAAAGAUCAUGGACGCCAUGAAGAUCAGUUGAUGUUUUUGUUGUUCCUGAGAACAGAAAACUUGGGUCCAUGGCCUGCAUGGUUCAUUCGGCCUGAGAGACGUCACGAUAAGCUAUAUACUUGCUCUACACCAUACAACAUGUACAUGUAACCUACUUGUAUAUGGAGCAAGUAACCAACAUAAUGUAAACUAUAUCUAUACCUAAUAAUAAAGUACGAAGGCGCGACUCGCAUGAUGAAGGCGGAUCGGGAAA